UUUCAUCAUUUGAUCAAAUCAUCAGCAUUCGAAUGAUCGUAAUCAAGAUGAAAUUUCAACAAAUAUUCCUAUCCUCAAUAUUAUUUAUCAAUCUAUUUCAACAUUAUAUGUCUUAUCCAAUGCCACAAAUGAGAAUAUGCAUCAAAUCGAUUGAUCCACAACGUUUACCAAGUCAAUGUAUUUAUUGUAAAAGUCGUACAUUUCCAAUUACUGUUCGUAUGUGUACCGGUAAUUCAUAUCUACCAGCAAGAAUGACAUUGAAUGAAGCAUCUUGUUUAAUAACAACUUGUCGUAAGCAAUUACCAAGAUAUCCACCGGAACCAUAUUCCUAUUUACCACGACCAAUGGCUAAUAAUCAUAAUCAAUUUAAUAAACCAAAUAAUAACCAUAAUAAUGAUGAAUCAAAUAAUGAUGAUAACAACAACAAUAAUGAUGAGGAUGAUAAUGAUAAUGGUAAUGGUAAUGAUCAAACAAAUCACGAUGAUAAUGGCAACAAUGGUGGUAAUAUGAUUGGCUAUCAUCGACCACCAUUUCUCAAUAAUAAUGGCAAUGGUAAAAUACGUAAACCGGCAAAAUUUUUUCUUGGCAAACCACAAAAAAUUCAAACAUCAAUUCGACCAUUCUCACUAUAUGGAUGAAAAAAGACUUAUUACAGAAAAUUAUCUUUUCCUAACAAAAAAAACUUGAAUAAAUGAUUUCAUCAACAA